AUGAUGGAUCCUGUCGACAUUAACGAACUUUCUAGAGUACACCAAGGAAUUGCUCGACAACUUGAUAAAGUCAAUGAAGUUAGGGUCAAAGAAAUGUUUAUUCGAAUUUAUCGAGGAAUGAAAGUUUGCACUUUUUGGGUACUUGUUGUUUUGGCAAUUUAUUUCUAUGGAUGUUAUGCACUUGGACAAGAAACAUUUUUGGAAGAAAUUGAUGAAGAAAUUGCUAUUGAAAGGGGUGAAUUAAUGGUGGAUGAUAGUGGAAAGACAAUACCUACAAACUAA